UCCUACAGUCUCUACUAUUAUUACUGCUUAUUAUGAAGUCGAUCAUCUUGGCAGCCGCUGCUCUCUUGCUAUAUGUUGCCUCCGCGGCGGAGGCCGACGGACGCAUUGUCAGAGCUUUGCCAAGCAUAAGAAUGCCUCUGGAAAUACGCGAUUUCCAAAUUCGCGGAAUGUCUGCAAAGCUCGGUCGCAGAAAAUAUGGCGCCCCAUCAGGAGCACCAGCACCAGCACCAGCACCAGGACACGCACCCGCACCCGCACCCGCACCUGCAAAGGCACCUGCAAAGGCACCUGCACCACCGUCCUGUGAUCAAAACAACGCCGAGAAAACGGCAGUCUGUCCUGUUGGCUAUAUGGCAAUUUGCGAUCACGCCACCGGCACAGUCCACUGCCAUCUUACAAACGGGGCAGCAGCGUGCAACGACGCUGGUGGCAUUAACCAGGGCAAUGACUGGUACUGGGACUACAAAGGGAAUCCCUGCUGUCCACAACCAUGCGACCCAAAGAAACAGCAGUGCACCGAUACGGAGAAGCACAACAACGAGCAGAAGCCAAGUUGCGCUUAAUGAGGAUGUCUCUGCUUUUACUCCUUGUUGUAAAGUGCGAAAUGUCGUGCCAACAAACCCGCGGAAACAAUCGAACCUGUAUACUGCAUUCGCGAAAUAUAGACAGAGCAGGCAGGAUCGGGAUGAAAAGGACACACAAUCGUUUGGAGACGAGUCACAGCCAUUUCCUUCGAGAUUCAGCAGAAACCUAGUGUCUUUUUCGGAAACUUCUAGCCACGCCUAAGAACCUAUCCGCAGUCUCUCCUUGGCUAUAAGUUAUUCUAGCAGCCCUACUAAUGUCUGUACACAUACCCUUUAGCUUUUAAAGACCGCAUAUUACGACGAUAUUAUCGAAAAAGUAGAUUAUAUCCGUUAAAGCAGGCUAGCUACUAGCGGCUAGAAGUUUCCGAAACAAUACUAGUAGAUAUCCGGAAGGUCGUUUAAAGGCAAUAAUCUUUUUUAUACCUACUUACUAUAGUAGCUACGAAUUUAGAGAGU